AUGCCUCCAACGACAUCUCCCUGGUACGACCGAAUCUCCCACAUAUCGCAGACUGAUUGGUAUGGAAUAUGCGCCGCAAUCGCUCUGGCCAGCUGGCUCGUAUGGCGUCUGGCGUCCCGUGGUGGCCGGUGGGCGAUCCGAUGGCACGUGAUGCAAUUACGGCGACUCUUUGCCUAUCCCCUGCCGAGACCGUUCGGCCACCUCGAUAUGGCCACUGUCCAACAGGGCUCAGUGGUCGCGCUCCUGCUCACGGUGAACAUCCUGCCACUGGUCUUGCGGGCUCGAUCCUGGGCGACCGUGCACCGCCGCGCCGCCAACCUCGCGGUCAUGAAUUUCAUUCCGUUGUGGACGGGCUGGACCUUUGGGUUUCCAGCGCAUCUUCUAGGCAUCGAUUGGUCGGCGGCAGCCUGGACGCAUCGAUGGGUCGGCCGGAUGGUCAUCAUCCACUGCGUCCUCCACGGAGCGAUUGCGAUCCUGAGUGACGGCCAACCGGCGCAAGCUAUACGACAGCAUUAUAUUCCAGUUCUGGCAGCGUGUUCGAUGAUCUUGAUCGCUCCCGUGACGCUGCAUGCCGUGGUUCGCCGUUACCCGCAGCUGGCGAUGAAGUGUCACUACCUCUUGGCAGUAACCGGACUGGCUUCGAUGUCCUACCAUGUCUGGAUGCGCCGGUCAAAAAGCCUCUGGUGUUUGGUGGCGGCAGCGGCUCUGUGGAUGUUCCUGAGUCUGGUUUCCUUGGCUGUUCCCCUACGAAGACGCUGGGGCCACACCUGGCCUUCUGUUGUCAUAUCCCAGCACGAUGAGCUUCUCCGUAUGGACAUCGCCGUCCCCUCUGCGUGGAAAGUCGAGGCCGGCCAAUAUGUGUACCUCUGGCUGCCACAGGCAGGCCUGCGAACUGCUAGUCAACUUCCGCUUUUCUAUGUCUCUUCUUGGGAAGAUACGCCGGGGUCCAACGACGCAAGGGCAUCGACUGCCGAACAAGGGGUGGAAUGGAGACAGCCAGCGGCAUGGAUCGAGAGGGAGGACCUCCUGGUAUACUGCGAUGGGUCACCGAACGCUACGGGUGCUGGCCCGCCCACAGUCUUCGGCACUGGCGGCGGCGCUCUAUAA